GAAGCAAUCGAGUUGUUGGAACCGAUGACCAAGGACCCUGUAGAUUUUGUUCGACAAGGUGCCUUUAUUUCACUCGCCAUGAUUCUCAUACAACAGAAUGAUGCUAUGAACCCUAAGGUAAGCCCAACGCGUAAAUUGUAUGAGAAGAUUAUCAACGACAAACACGAAGAUGCCAUGGCAAAGUUUGGGGCUGUUCUCGGGCAAGGCAUUAUUGAUGCUGGUGGACGAAAUGUUACAAUUUCUUUAUUAACAAGAUCCGGUCAGCUUAAUAUGCCCGCAAUUGUUGGAAUGGCUGUUUUCACACAACUUUGGUAUUGGUUCCCAUUGACUCAUUUCUUGAGCUUGGCAUUUACGCCUACCGCUCUAAUUGGAUUAAACAAGGACCUUAAGAUUCCCAAAUUCGAAUAUAUUUCAAAUGCGAAGCCAUCAUUAUUUGCGUAUCCUGCCACCACAAAACCGCCGACGACCAGUAUAAUUGAGAAG